CAGAUGCAGGGGCAACGCCGUGUGCAAACUACAUACUAGUACUACAUGUACCGCAAGUUGCCUGGUUACUGCAAGCUAAACCAGCCUGGCUAGCUAGCUAGUAGGUACUAGUAGUUUAGUUUCUUCCUUUCUUUCUUCAUUCUGCUCACAACUUCACACUCUAAAGUUCAUAAAACUGCUCAAGCAAUCAAAAUCUCUACUAGUAGGUAGCAAGUAGCUAGAACAAAGAAACAAGCUACAUAAAAUGGUGGACUGUCACUCAACUUUUGUGAGCCUGGAUUUUGAGCAGGGUUCCAACCACAGCAUUGGCACAGAUGGUGCCUCUUCUGUGUGUUCGUCUCGCUACGGAUCACUGAGUGCAGAGCUGCGCUAUGUGGAGAGUAUCGCUGAAAAGCUGCAAGAGCACCUGCUGGCUCACAACAUGGUCAAGGACCGCAAGACCUUUCUGCAAAAGAACAUUCCCAAAUGCUUUGUAGGACAACAAGCUGUCACUGUCAUUCAGCAAUUGCUCCAACAAGAGGAGGAGGAGUUCCUGCAAGAUCAUGAUGCUUCAGGUGUUACCAGAGAAGAAGCAGUGGAAAAGGGUACUCAAAUGAUGAAGGAGUUUCAGUUCUUCAAGCAUGCUACUAGUACUAGUACUAACACCAAUGACACUGUCAAGCAGCAGCUUCUGGACAGUGACACUGCCUUGUACGUCUUUGAUCACAACCUUCCCGCUCAAGUUCGACGCAUGAAGAAGAAAUACCCAACUUACUGGGACAAGAUGCAGCUCUUUGAGGAAAAUGUGGAUCUCCAAGAUCGAAGACACAUGUUUCGAGUCUUUCCCGACUGUUUCAUUGCCCGGGAAGCCGUGGACAUGCUCAUGAAUCUCAAGAUCGUUCGAAGUCGCAACGAAGCCGUUCACUUGGUCCGUAAACUCAACCAAAAGGUCUUUUGUUGCCAGCAUGUUUGCAUGGAACACGAUUUCGAGGAUGAGUACCUCUUCUUUCGACUGGUACCCAAGAACGAACGAAUGCCGGCGCCCAUCAGGCCAACCACUCGGAGGCAUCGUGGCAAAUCCCCCAAGAGGUCACUCAGCAUCAGUACAUGCAGUAGUGUUGGCAAUGAACUGUCCACCAUGGGCAGCAGCAAGGACAAGAACGAAGAACGACGCAAUCGUCGUCGUUCCAAAAAACUGGAGCGACUGGAAGCGGAAAAGAAGGCGUGCUCUGCCCUGCGGGAUUCCACUACCAGUACCAACACCGAGGCCACGGUACCUCUGUCGGAAGAGUUCACGCUCGAGCCAGAGAAGAAAGAACGAGCCAACAGGAGGAGGAAGGAGCACAAGAAAAUUAGUCGUUGCAGCUCCGCCCCUUCCUUGGAUGCUGGUCUCAUCAAACAGAAGAAUCGAAAACGAGCCGAAGACAUCAAGAAUCGAUUGGCCAACUUCAAGCAAGAAAUGAAAACCAAGCAGGCAGCAGCGACCGCUUAG